CACAAGGCCAGCGUCGUCCUUUUCACCACCCAGACUUGUUGAUCUGCAGCUGAUCAUGAGUCUGUAGUUCAGAAUCAGCCGUUCACUGCAUGCACCCUUGACUUUGUCGUUUGGCUCUUGCUGAGGAGAAUACAACGUUGCUUGUUGCAGGAAUAACUGUCGACACGCGGGAGGGUGAAAUCCUAGCUUUUGCGGAUCAUUCCAGGGAGCGUUGACGUACGUGUCGUUUAUGCCAUUAGUGCACAGUCACCAUCUCGAGCAGUACGAGUAUGUCAGACACAACAGUAGCAAUGAGUGACACCAGCACGGGAGAAGCAAGACCGUCACAGGCGGAAGCCGAAUCGAGCGCAGCUGCGAGCGCCGAGUCCGAAGUUUCAGCUUCCACUGCUGCCAAUGCCAAGUCGGAAGUUGCCGCAGCUAGCCAGUCCCCUAGCACGAGUCCGAGACCGCAACCAGAAUCCCCGGCAAGUGCACCCGCGAGCAGACCAACCCCGAAGCACACAAACAGCCGAUCGUCGAGAACUGCAGCUUCAUCAAGCCCUACUAACCGCAGGUUGCGCACGGAGCUGACAGAUAUGCUCACUGACCCGCCACCAAACUGCAGUGCAUCCUUGUUUGGUGAGAGAGUGGAUCAUUGGCUGGCCACGAUCAUGGGACCGCCUGGGUCUGUGUACGAAGGCGGCGUCUUCUUUCUCAACAUCCUGUUCCCGAGCAACUAUCCAUUCGAACCGCCGAAGGUGACCUUCAAGACACGAAUUUACCAUUGCAACAUCAACAGUCAGGGUGAGAUUUGCUUGGAUAUCCUGAAGGACAACUGGAGUCCGGCCAUGACUGUCAGCAAAGUCUUGCUGUCCAUCACGUCUCUGCUUGCCGACUGCAAUCCGAGCGACCCGCUCGUUGCCAACAUUGCUAAACAGUUCACUACGGAUCGAAGUAGUCACGAUCGCACGGCUCGUGACUGGACUCGUCGUUUUGCAAGAUAGCCAUGUCGACCACCGCCUGCUCAUCUAAAAAAAGUCGUCACUGUCAGUACUAGUUCCGUUGUGUCAUACAGUAGCGUGUAUUUAUUCAUCCACUUCCACCCUUCUUUGCUUUUUUAACUGCUCAGUCCUGGAUCCGCUGUGAUCCCUUUUUGCUACUCCAUCAUAUGUAUGCCGCGUCACAGUACUGAAGGCCGAGCUAUCCUCUAUUGGUAAUAAUAUAUUUCUAGCUGCUGUGCGGCGGCGCUCAAGUUGCGAAUACUGCCUUCCACAUGAUCCACCCACCUGCCCCGUAACCGCGGGUCAGAGUUGCUUGAUUGGUCGAGUCAGGAACUGCCUUGACAUGAGUGCUGCCUCUCACGUAACUCUCACGUAACCGCCACGUGUUGUCUUGAAUUCAAUACAUGUACAAACAUCGUAAUUAUGUACCGUAACUGUACACAUAUUCAUGCCACCAUAGUUUCAGCUUUAGGCAGUUUCCUGCGGCUACAUAAUUGCUGGUUUUAAUUUUAGAAUGCUCAGCGCAGCAGCUAUCCCGUUUUAUCUGCCUCUUUCCGCGUGCUGCUGCUGCUGCCGCUGCUGCUACCACUUACAGCUAGAUGUGCUGCUGCAUUCCCUUCUCCUGUGGUUCUCUUGCCGCAUACGACACAUAGACCAUAGUGCUGGUUUUUCAGUACCUUAAACUUCUCUUCUUUAUACUACCGAUACUGGGUACAUGUCCGGUGUACGCCUCUCA